UGGAGAAAGAUGGAAAACAUAUCCACUACCAACACCAGAUUUCUGCUCCUUGGAUUAGUGGAAAUACAAAAUUAUAAUUACCUAUUUGGUGGGGUCUCGCUUGUCAUAUAUUCAUUUAUAUUAAUUUUCAACCUUAUGUUGGUGUUGGUGAUCUUAACUGAUCAAAGCCUCCAUGAACCCAUGUACAUUCUGAUAGGUAACCUUGCCAUGAAUGGAUUUUUUGGAAGCACUUCAUUUUUACCAAAACUAGUGGUUGACCUUUUUUCUUCAUCUCAAAUGGUGUCUCGUGCUGGCUGCUUUUUCCAAACAUUUUGUGUUUUAACAUUUACCAUAUGGGAAAUAUCUACUUUUGCCAUCAUGGCAUAUGAUAGAUUUUUGGCUGUUUGUCAUCCUUUGCAAUACAAUUCAAUAAUGACAAGCAGCAAAACGCUCAAACUCAUAACUGCAUUUUUGGGUUAUGGUAUUACAUCAAACUGUAUUGUAGUACUUUUGACUGCAACUCUCCCUCUGUGUGGUAAAAAUAUAAAAAGCUUAUAUUGCGACAAUAUGGCCAUUGUUAAUCUCUCAUGUGUGGACACUUCUUUGAACAAUCUCUUUGGAGGAAUUAUUACUUCAAUUUUUUUAGCUUUAACUUUGUCUGUCAUUGCUUAUUCUUAUCUUCGUAUAUUUGUAAUCUGCUUUUCCCUUUCCAAAGACAAUUCUAAAAAAGCAGUUCACACCCUGGUCACCCACUUACUCAGCUUUUCUAUUUUUAUUGUGGGAGCUCUGUUUGUUUUUGUUCGCUACAGACUCCGAAGUUCUAAUUGCCCAAAUCUUGUUCAUAUUCUUGUUUCUGUAGCACCCUUAGUUUUAACUCCUUUUUUUAACCCUCUCAUCUAUGGAUUUCGGACAAAGGCACUGAGAAUAAAAGUCGUGCAGCGUCUUCAGAAAAUAUAUCGACGAGCAAUUGUAUUAGAUCCUGAGUAG